CUGUCCACAAUUAUUCGGCCAGUAAGACUCAAGAUAAUUCCUGCUCGACCCACACUGGGAGUACUGGACUCCGCAGAGGCAUCACGACCGCUCCGCGUCGACGCUUGGACUCCGACAACGUUUCGAACGCAAAACGACCUAGUCUCCCGCAUUCAAGGAUGGCAGGUCUUCAAGGAGAAUUGAGCUAUUCCAUGCGACGUUGGUUGGAGAAUCCGGAGGACCGUGCUGAGACGAAAAUGACGAGCGCCGAUUGGGUGUCGCUCGUGAGAAUGGAUGCACUCGCGGCAGAGAUCGAAAAGGUCGUACUUCUCAGCGUCCAGACUUGAUGGUAGAAGGGGCGAUUGCCCUACGUUCUGAUUGGCUUCUGUAGAUGGGCAAUGCAAGGACAUCGUC